CCCUGAACACACUUCCUCUUGUAUAAGAUGAGGGGUUUGCAUUGGAUGAUUUCUCUUCUCAAACCUGAUGUCUUCCAAGCGACCAGCCUCUCCGUAUGGGGAAGCAGAUGGAGAGGUAGCCAUGGUGACAAGCAGACAGAAAGUGGAAGAAGAGGAGAGUGACGGGCUCCCAGCCUUUCACCUUCCCUUGCAUGUGAGUUUUCCCAACAAGCCUCACUCUGAGGAAUUUCAGCCAGUUUCUCUGCUGACGCAAGAGACUUGUGGCCAUAGGACUCCCACUUCUCAGCACAAUACAAUGGAAGUUGAUGGCAAUAAAGUUAUGUCUUCAUUUGCCCCACACAACUCAUCUACCUCACCUCAGAAGGCAGAAGAAGGUGGGAGACAGAGUGGUGAGUCCUUGUCAAGCACGGCCCUAGGAACUCCCGAACGGCGCAAAGGCAGCUUAGCUGACGUUGUUGACACCUUGAAGCAGAGGAAAAUGGAAGAGCUCAUCAAAAAUGAGCCAGAAGAGACCCCCAGUAUUGAAAAGCUACUCUCAAAGGACUGGAAAGACAAACUUCUUGCAAUGGGAUCAGGGAAUUUUGGUGAAAUAAAAGGGACUCCCGAAAGCCUAGCUGAGAAGGAGAGGCAGCUCAUGGGUAUGAUCAAUCAGCUGACCAGUCUGCGGGAACAGCUACUGGCUGCCCACGAUGAGCAGAAGAAACUAGCUGCUUCUCAGAUUGAGAAACAGCGACAGCAAAUGGAGUUGGCCAAACAGCAACAAGAACAGAUUGCAAGACAACAGCAGCAGCUUCUUCAGCAACAACACAAAAUCAAUUUGCUUCAGCAACAGAUCCAGGUUCAAGGUCAACUGCCGCCAUUAAUGAUUCCCGUGUUCCCUCCUGAUCAACGGACUCUGGCUGCAGCUGCCCAGCAAGGAUUCCUCCUUCCUCCAGGCUUCAGCUAUAAGGCUGGAUGUAGUGACCCUUACCCUGUUCAGCUGAUCCCAACGACCAUGGCAGCUGCUGCCGCAGCAACACCAGGCUUAGGCCCGCUCCAACUGCAGCAGCUGUACGCUGCCCAGCUCGCUGCCAUGCAGGUAUCUCCAGGAGGAAAGCUCCCAGGCAUACCCCAAGGCAACCUCGGUGCUGCUGUAUCUCCUACCAGCAUUCACACAGACAAGAGCACAAACAGCCCACCACCGAAAAGCAAGGAUGAAGUGGCACAGCCACUGAACCUAUCAGCUAAACCCAAGACCUCUGAUGGCAAAUCACCCACAUCACCCACCUCUCCCCAUAUGCCAGCUCUGAGAAUAAACAGUGGGGCAGGCCCCCUCAAAGCCUCUGUCCCAGCAGCAUUAGCUAGUCCUUCAGCCAGAGUUAGCACAAUAGGUUAUUUAAAUGACCAUGAUGCUGUCACCAAGGCAAUCCAAGAGGCUCGGCAGAUGAAGGAGCAGCUUCGGCGGGAACAACAGGUGCUUGAUGGGAAGGUGGCCGUUGUGAAUAAUUUAGGUCUCAGUAACUGCCGGACAGAAAAGGAAAAAACAACACUGGAGAGUCUGACUCAGCAACUGGCAGUUAAACAGAACGAAGAAGGAAAAUUUAGCCAUGCCAUGAUGGAUUUCAAUAUGAGUGGAGAUUCUGAUGGAAGUGCUGGAGUCUCAGAAUCAAGAAUUUACAGAGAAUCCAGAGGCCGUGGUAGCAAUGAACCCCACAUAAAACGUCCAAUGAACGCCUUCAUGGUGUGGGCUAAAGAUGAACGAAGGAAAAUCCUUCAAGCCUUUCCCGACAUGCACAACUCCAACAUCAGCAAGAUAUUGGGAUCUCGCUGGAAAGCUAUGACGAACCUAGAGAAACAGCCAUAUUACGAGGAACAAGCCCGUCUCAGCAAGCAGCACCUGGAGAAGUACCCCGACUACAAAUACAAGCCGCGGCCCAAGCGCACCUGCCUCGUGGACGGCAAGAAGCUACGCAUCGGCGAGUACAAGGCGAUCAUGCGGAACAGGCGGCAGGAGAUGCGGCAGUACUUCAAUGUCGGGCAACAAGCACAGAUCCCCAUCGCCACCGCUGGUGUUGUGUACCCUGGAGCCAUCGCCAUGGCGGGAAUGCCCUCCCCUCACCUGCCCUCAGAGCACUCAAGCGUGUCCAGCAGCCCAGAGCCCGGGAUGCCUGUUAUCCAGAGCACUUACGGCGUGAAAGGAGAGGAGCCACAUAUCAAAGAAGAGAUACAGGCCGAGGACAUCAACGGAGAAAUUUAUGAUGAGUUCGAUGAGGAAGAGGAUGACCCGGAUGUAGAUUAUGGGAGUGACAGUGAAAACCAUAUUGCAGGACAAGCCAACUGAUAAGGGUCAAAAGAUUGUUGUGACCUUAGGACUUAAAGAAGCCCUAGCUGGUUCAUCCUUACCAGUGGCCAAGCACAUUAACUUUCUCAUACACUGACUGUUACUUUAACUGUUAGUCUUAAAUAGUUGGGACAUCAGCUGACUAAUAGACCUCAGCCUCAAAAGGCUUGGAAAGGAAAAAAAAAAAAAUACAAGCAAACAACAAUAUCAACAACAAGAGAUUGAAAUAAGCUAUGGGUAAAAUAAUGCCAGUAAUUCAGCUGCUACAUCCAAGCACUGAAGUC